AUAGCCUUUAUGAUCGUUGAAGCGGACCACCUUGCCCAAUGAUCUAGGGUUUUCCUCUGUCGCCAUCGACCUCGAAAGAAACAGUUCUGCCGCCAUUCCCGAAUUAUUUAUAUCGAGGUUCUGCUCGCUCAUCUUUCUUUAUCUGUUGCUUGUUUGAAAAGUGAGGGGAUUAAAGAUUUCCGAAAUCUUUUGUUAUUUGUUCAUGGUUCAAGGGAGACUGUUGAAUGAUUGCUACUCCUACAGCACACAAAGAAGCCCUAAAGGCCCACCCCUAAAAAAUAAGGGCACCGAUAACACUGUAUUUCGUGUAUAAUAAGAAACAAAAGGAGGAGGCCUCUGACCUGAAAUAAGCAGCCGAGAGCCGACACAUCUAAACCAUGGCGAUUCAAGAGCUUCCACACGAUAUCACGGUCCAAAUACGCUUGAGAUUACCAGCCAAGUCUCUGAUGCGAUUCAAGUGUGCGUCCAAACCAUGGCGAUCGUUAAUCACUCAUCCCAAUUUGUUUUAAACCAUCUCAAUCAUCAUGUCGCCACCAAAGCCGACGAUAAUGAACAAUUCUACGGAAGUUCUAUACGUGUUUAUGUGAAAGGCAAUACCCGAUCUCCAACAAGAAUCACAAUCACUUUAGAGGCCGAUGAUAUUCGCGGCAGAGGUUUUCUCAGAACAAUUGAUCUUCCGGAGGAGUUUGGUCUCUGGAACAAAGGCUUUAGGUGUUGGGGUGACUGCCACGGAUUGCUUCUAUUGUAUCAUUACAAAAGAAACUUGUUAUGGAAUCCAUGCACUAGGGAAUACAAGCUCCUGCCAAAGGCUCGUCGUUAUCAUCGUUGCUUCAGCUCUAGCACAGUUUACGGUUUCGUUUAUGAUCACUCCUCCAACGAUUACAAGGUCGUUCAGGUAGAUUAUCAAACACCUGGGCUACAGCCAAAUCAUGUGAAUGUCAAAAUCUUUAGCGUGAAAACCAACUCAUGGAGGAGUUAUGAACUUCGAAUUCCUCGCCCACCCACUACUUGUGACCCUGCUAUCCACCUGAAUAAAGGCAAGUGCAACCUAUGUAGUUCAGUGGUGGUGACAUUCAUACCAGGGUGGUAUGUUUCAGCUUAGUGAAGGAGAGAUUUAAGAAGUUGCCACCAGUGCCAGAACUUUCCAAUGCGAGUGAAGGUUGGUUGAGGGUGGCUUUGCCUGGUCAUAAUUCAUAUUUUGGCGUGAAUAUGGAACUGUUGGUGUUGGAGGAAGAGGAGGGCACCGAAUGUUGGACUUUGAGAACGAUUCCACGAGGAUCAGAACAGAGUAGAUAUAACUGUGUUUUUUUUGAGACUCUGGUUUCACCGAAUGAUAUUUAGCAAAGAGAGGAACUAACACUCUCUGGAUCUAAUCAACGCAAUUGUCAAGGACUUGCGUGUUCCCUUCCUUCCCUUUCCCUUUCCCUUUCCCUUGUUG